AUGCCAGGGGGUUGCCUCCGACUCCUGUUCUGUGCCCUGUGCAGCUUGCGGACCAUCCAAGCCUUCCCUAAUGCUUCCCCCCUGCUCAGCCUAAACUGGGGGGGUCUGACUCACCUCUACACGGCCACGGCCAGGAACAGCUACCACCUGCAGAUCCACAAAGAUGGCCACGUGGAUGGGACUCCUCAUCAAACCAUCUAUAGUGCCUUGAUGAUCAGAUCAGAGGAUGCUGGGCUAGUCAUAAUAACUGGUGUGAUGAGCAGGAGGUAUCUCUGUAUGGACAUCAGGGGCAACAUCUUUGGAUCGCAUUUCUUCAACCCAGACAACUGCAGGUUCAAACACCGGACACUAGAAAAUGGGUAUGACAUCUAUCACUCUCCCCAGAACAACUUCCUGAUCAGUCUUGGCAAGGCAAAGAGGGCCUUCCUGCCAGGCAUGAAUCCACCUCCUUACUCCCAAUUCCUGUCUCGGAGGAAUGAGAUCCCCAUAAUCCACUUCAACACACCUGAACCCCCCCACCGUCACACCAGGAGUGCCGAAAACAGCCCUGACUUGGACCCAAUGAAUGUGCUGAAACCCCGACCAAGGAUGACUCCCUGCUCCCAGGAACUCUACAGUGCUGAAGAGAACAGCGUAGUGGAUGAUGACCCUUUGGAAGUACUCAGAAAUAGCAAUCGGCUGAAGCCCUUCCCUGGUAGGCUGGGUUUAGAAAGAUGCCACCAUGUUCCCAAGACUGCUUAA